ACUAUUAAUGUAGUGUUAAUUUGUGUUUGAAAUGCACUAUGUCUAUGAAUUAUGUUUUCGGGUUCUCUCUAUUUCUACUAUUACUUGUAGCAUUAAAUAUAUACUUCUUCUACACCUUAAUACCGAUAGGUAAAAAAUCUGUAAACUUUAACGUUCCCAGUAUUAAACUAGAUCAAUCGCCUAGCGUAUUUAAAGAUAUUCAUGUCUACCUCAACUAUCUUCCUAGUCAGUAUAAAAGUCGUAACUCCAAGUUCUUCCCAAUUCAAAAAACUUUGCUGACUUCUUUUAGUCCAUCAAAUAAUAUACAAGUUGAUUGGCCAGAUGCAAACCAGGUAGGUGCUGGAAGCUCACUUUACCCUCAUAAGAAUGGAGUUGCGGGACAAAUGUUACAUACUAUGAUGACAGCACCCAUAGUCCUUGUUGACAAUGCACCUAAAGGAACACAACUCAAAUUACUUCUCUUAUUAGAGGGAAAACAGAAGCUGUACUUCAAACCAAAGAGGUAUGAGAGAGAUCAUAUAAUACAUGGAAGUAUUGUGGCUGGCUUUGAUAGGCACAACUCCGAAGUGUUUGCUUACUAUCUUGCCAUGACUCUGAACUUCACUUGGAUACCUCCCUCUGUGAUAAGGAAAAUUCAUGUGGAUAGAGAAAUAGUUCCCGUUGCCACAAUAGGAUUGAAAAGAACUAUGAUAAGAAAUGGCAAUGGUGGGCGUUGUAUCUAUGGCAAAUGCUUUUAUUGUAAGAUAAAUGAAACUGUAUGCCCUGAUAAUAAGGGCGAGAUUGAAGGAGCGGCAAUCUUAUACUUAGACAAACCAUUCCAAUUCCAAGUAUUCAAGUCGCCAUGGCGCCGCAACUACAGAGAUUCUACAUUAAUGGAAUGGCAAAGAGAUAAUGAUUUUUGUAAAAAAGUUACGGGAACUCUGAGCAUUAAAAGAAUAUUAGACUUGGUAGAUAUUUCAAUAUUCGAUUUUUUAAUCCAAAAUGGAGAUAGACACCGUUAUGAAAUGUAUAAAGACAAAAUUCUACUUCUGGAUAAUGGAAAAGGUCUUGGAAAUCCAGCAGUUGAUGAAUUGGAUAUAUUAGCCCCACUCUACCAAUGCUGCAUUCUAAGACUGACGACAUGGAAAUACCUAGAGCUGCUUUCUGGUGGCAGCCUUAGUGAAACAAUCAAACUAAUGUCCGCAUUUCAAGGCGGAAAGUUAGUGACGGAAGACCAUUUCAAAGCCGUGGAACGCAGGUUUCUGAAAGUGUAUGCCACUGUACAAUAUUGCAUAGGGAGACAUGGUAGUGCCAAAGUGUUUAAAACUUAAUGACGACACAGUACCAUCGAGGACAGAGUUAAUUGACUAUUCUGAACCUUAGUAGAUAAGGCCUAGAAAUGGUUAGUUAAGGAUGUUGCUGAUUGUACAAUUUUAGAUUUGUAAGGGAAACUGGAAACUCAAUAAUAAGAAUAAUUGUUUGUUUAGAAUGUCAUGUGGGCUGAAUGCUGUGAAAAUUUUAAGAAUAAAUACACUAAUCUUAUAAAUUAUGUUUUGGUUCUGUUUUCUGUAUGAAAUUUACGGCUAAGAGCCCUUAUUCCUUAGAGCGUUCUCCGGUUUCACGAAAUAACGCUCGCUAGAUGGCGUUGGUGCUCGGUACGCGAGAGCCGGCAACGUGACGCUCGUUUCAAUGUAGACAAGAAUAGUCUUGAUAGUUUUCAAAAUAAUUUCAAGCAACAUAAAUUUUAGUGUUAAGUAUAUUAUAUGGGCACUCUUUAUUUCAUUUUAUAUGCACAGUAGUAGUGUAUAUAGUGUACUAUAACUAUAACCCGUGCUCUUUAUUCUAUCUCUUUCACACCGAUGGAAAAUGAAAUAGAUAGUAAAUGACUGCAGGUAUAAAUAAAGAACACGCGCUUAUGGCUAAAUUGGGAGAAAGUCACAGCAAGAAUUGUAUAGCUUGAAUUGUGUAAGCUAAGCACCCAGGGUGGGUGCCCUAUUGAUUUUCCGACAAACAAUACGCCGAUUUUCGAUUCGCCGACAACGAUUCGCAGACGGGUUCUUUGGCCGAGUAACGAUUGGCAGAAUGUCAUUACGCAUAAUAAUCGUUUGCACGAGUAGUCAAUACACAGAACAUUGAUACGCAUAUUUACUUUUCGUAGAAUAAUCAUUUAGUAACUGUCUCAAUUACCCGAGAAACUAUUGGUCGAAUCACCUUUAUUUCGAUUUUCGCGGCAGGAGGCAUACCGCGAAAACCGAAGCCCUUUCUCUUUUACUCUCUUUAAGACGUCAUUAGAGUGACAGAGAAAAAUGCCCGCAAUUGACGAACUUCGAUUUUCGCGGUAGGCCCCCUGGCCCCUUGAACUGACCUUAACACCCUCCUUUUGCGUCGGGGCCUCUGAGGUUAAAAAACGCCUUUAAGCUGUCAAUAUUGCUGGCUUAAAGAUUAAAAAUGCGAGUCUAAUUCAGGCCAUAAUUGUAAAAA